CUCAAAAUGCUGAAGUGCUGUGUGGAAGUGGCCGGGGCUGCGGGAGUUGGAGUCGGUCCUCGGGCCUGAGCCUCGAGGCCGCGGUCCUGUGUGUCGUUGAUGUUCGGGGCCGCCGGACGCCCAGCGAUCGGAGCCGCCGCCGCCGGGAAGAGCUGGCAUUUCAGUCGAACGAUGGAAGAGCUUGUUCAUGACCUUGUCUCUGCACUGGAAGAGAGCUCUGAGCAAGCUCGAGGUGGCUUUGCUGAGACGGGAGAUCACUCUCGCAAUCUGUCUUGCCCUCUCAAACGCCAGGCCAGAAAGAGGAGAGGGCGGAAGCGGAGGUCCUAUAAUGUCCACCACCCCUGGGAGACUGGCCACUGCUUAAGCGAAGGCUCUGAUUCUAGUUUAGAAGAAGCAAGUAAAGACUACAGAGAGAACCACAACAAUAACAAGAAGGAUCAUAGUGACUCCGAUGACCAAAUGUUAGUGGCGAAACGUAGGCCAUCUUCAAACUUAAAUAAUGGUGUUCGAGGGAAGAGACUCCUGUGGCAUGAGUCUGAUUUUGCUGUGGACAACCUUGGGAACAGAACUCUCCGCCGGAGGAGGAAGGUAAAGCGCAUGGCAGUGGAUCUCCCACAGGACAUCUCCAAUAAAAGGACAAUGACCCAGCUGCCUGAAGGCUGUAGAGAUCAGGAAAUGGACAACGAAAGAGCUUACCAGUACCCAGAGUUUACCCGGAAUAAAGUUAAGAAAAGGAAGUUGAAAGUGGUUAGACAAGGACCAAAAGCCCAAGAGGAAGGAGUGGUUUUGGAGAGUGAAGAAACGAUCCAGACCAAUAAGGACAGAAUGGAGUAUGAAGAACAGAAAAUCUCCGAUGAGCUCAUGAGUGAAAGUGACUCCAGCAGUCUCAGCAGCACUGACGCAGGCUUGUUCACCAAUGACGAGGGAAGACAAGGUGAUGAUGAGCAGAGUGACUGGUUCUAUGAAAAGGAGUCAGGUGGAGCCUGCGGCAUUGCUGGAGUUGUGCCCUGGUGGGAAGAGGAGGAUCCUGCAGAGCUAGACAGAAACUUACCUGACCCUGUGUUUGAAAGGAUCCUAAGUGGGUCUUUCCCCCUCAUGUCACAUCCUGGCAGAAGAGGUUUCCAAGCUAGACUCAGUUGCCUUCAUGGAAUGCCUUCCAAGAAUAUGAAAAAAUCUGGAGGGGCUCCACCUUCAAUGGCUACAAACUGGACCAGUGAGAUUCCCCUAUAAAUCAAAUCUUCUAUUGCUAAUAAAUUAGUUACGUUUUGAACACCUGGGGAAUGGCAUUCGAGGGAACCUGGCUCCUGUCCUCUUCCCUGGAGGAAUACACUGAAGGGCGAGCCUUUGAUGCAGACCUGGGCUGUUUUGCUGCAGGACUGAUGUUCUUUUCUUUAGCCAGAAAUCAGUCUGAUUGGGGAGGCUUCCCUGAGAUGUAGGCUGGCCAAGGGUGGAUAAAAACUACUGUAUAUUUUAUAUAUCUUUCUCUCUUAUGGUUUUUAACAUUGGAUCUAUUUAUGUAUUGCUUGCUUUGCCAAAUGCUAACAAAAAGAAAAUUGGAAACUAUAUUUAACCCAAGUAUUCCUUAAUAUUUCUAUGACUGGUUAAGGUUCAGUUUUUAUAUCUGACAUGUAAAUAAAAAAUGAUGUAUUGCCAUUUAUAAUUCAUUUUACAAAAAGGCUUCUAUACCAGCAUUAUCUAAAAUACUUGUGUUUUUACUCAGGGUACUUUCUUUAAUAAGGGCUGGUGUAAAUAGGUGAGGUUGAUAGCCUUUAACUCAAGUUUAUCUUUGUUCAGUUGACUUCUUACUUGAAUAGUUGUUCUGUAUUACAAGCCUGUUGUAUUUUAUGCUAUAAUUUUCAUCCUACCUCUAAAACAGCACAGUGAUGACAAACCAGUCCCCAUUAGGGGGUCACCUGCUGCCACUUUUUCAGUGGUGUGUGUCUGAGCCCUGAACUAGUCACAGCUGCCUCACUGGCUCAGAGCUUGAUGACAUAGGAGCCUGGCAUUUUAACAAUACUGCAUGGCUGAACCUCACUGUCACGUCUAAAGCGCGAUGCUGGUUCAUCCUUGAAUGGCUCAUGUGUGCCUGAGUUUUAGAAAUACGUGCGUCAGCUCAUUGUCAUCAAGCAGGAGGGAAAUACAUUUCCGUUGACAGCAUUAAUCUUACAUUAUGCUAAUUCAAGUCACUUGAGUUCUUUAAAAUAGUUACUUUAAUUUGAUUAAUAUUUUUCUUGGGCUGGAGAGAUGGCUCAGAGGUUAAGAGCACUGCCUGCUCUUCCAAAGGUCCUGAGUUCAAUUCCCAGCAACCACAUGGUGGCUCAUAACCAUCUGUAAUGGGAUCUGGUACCCUCGUCUGGCCUCCAGGAAUACACGCAGACAGAAUAUUGUAUACAUAAUAAAUAAAUAAAUAUUAAAAAAAAUAUUCUCUCAAAUUCCUAUAAUUGAUAAGGUCUUGGUAAUUUGAUGUUUUCGUAUUGUAUGGCUUAAUAUUCAGCUCAGCAUUUAAUGACUAAAUUAAAUAUAAUGGAAAGGAAACUUAAAGUUGACAUUACCUUUUCUAAAAUUACUGUGGUCUGAAAGGUUUAAAAAUAAACAAAGUAGGAAUGUAUGACAACCUCUCUGGAGAUGUUAAAGAUGACAGGGUGCAAGUUGACCCUCCUGAUUGUCCUAGAUUUAAAAGUGUAAUGAUGUGCUUCAUAAUUGUAUUAGGAUUUUCAUACUGUCUAAGAGCAAAAAUUCAUGUUUUUCUGAAUUCCAAAAUGCUUUUGUUUUGUAUGAUGACUGUCCUUUAGAUCUGAAUAAGUCACUUUAAUGCCUCAGCUUGUGAACUUUGCCUCACCAAUCAUGAAUCUAGAUGAAUGCUAUCUAAUUCUUGGCUCAGUUUUACCUAUUUUUAUUUUUGGUCCACUGCUUGCUUGAGCAUUGCUGGGAUUUGUAGCCCAUUUUCUAGGCUUAUUGAAGUCUCACUGUGGUAUUUUAUAGGAGCUAUUACAACUGAUAGACUGGCUUCAUGGUGUUGAUGAUACAUGGCUGUGCCAUCCUCAAAGCUGCUUUUCCGUCUAAAUUGUAGAGGUGAUUAGACUUCACUUCAUGGAGAUUUCUAUAUAUGUGUGUUUAACAUGGAGCGAGUGCAUUAGGCCAUGAACUGUUUUCCAGGUCUACAAUGUGUAUUCAGAAUUUUACUGAAAUCAGAGGACUCCUGAAGGUUUUUUCUCUCGACCCUGAAUUGUCCUUGUUUAGAUCUUUAUGUACUGUAUUUUUUUGUAACCAAUAAAAAUCUCUGACUUGAGCAAAAAAGGUAAGAUUCUCAGUUUGUGCUAAUAGUUUUCUACUUCUCUAUAUGUUUUUGAUAAUAGUAUACGUAGCUUGCUACCUUAAACAAACCUAACCCGCUAAGACAGUAAUUAAGGGGUAUCCAUUUUUUCUUUUAGUAAGAAGUUAAUUUCAAUUAGCAUAGAUUCACCCUGGAAAGCCAAAGUUUAUAUAAGAAAGAUUAAUGUUAGGAGCAAACUGCAACAUGCGUGGCUGUAGCCCAUUAAGAAGCGUGGCAGCAGAGGAUUUUCAGUUGGCGAGUGGCACCUGCAUGCAUACAAUAGCACCUACAUGCGUACAGUGAUAGAACACCUGCAUGCAUACACGAAUACCUACAUGCAUACAGUGAUAGAACACCUACAUGCAUACAAUAGCACCUCCAUGCAUACAGUGAUAGAACACCUGCAUGCAUAUACUAGCACCUACAUGCAUACAGUGAUAGAACACCUUCAUGCAUACAAUGAUAGAAUGCAUGUGGAGGAAAUGGCAGUGGGAAAUAACUAAAGUUUGGGGCAAUCUCAGUUCUUAUUCCUCACAGGCAUGUUCAGUGAAGUCACUGUACUCAUUUAAGGAAUCAGAAGCCAUUGCUCCUACAGCAAAGCCAGGUUUGGGUUCUGUGUGGCUCUUAGGUCCUCAUGUUCCAUCAGCUGACGGAACAAUGUUGUGUGGGUUUGUGUUUAAAGCUAUUUACUGUGUGUAGUUGAUUAGCUUAUGGGUAAUAGCACCAUCACCAAAGCCUGAACAAAGCUUCUCUCACAUGCAUUUUCUCCAUAAGGCUUACUGUGGCCUUCUCAUGCUUAGUAACAAUGAUGCACUCCACAUUCAGCCUGAAUGUGGGGCCACUGAAAGCAGUAAAAUCACCAGAAAAAGCACAGAAAUUCAAUAAGCCAGUCCUCAGUAGAUGACACUAAUGGCCUUGUUUCCGGUGUCCGCUGCGGGAAGGAGGCUGACCUUGUUCUUCUCUUCUGCGAGUGCUUGUUGGAAGGCAGCUCAGAUUUUCACUGCUCUGCACACACCCAUGAAUAUCUGCAAAAGUUCUGAGUGUUGGCUUUCAGGUUGCAAAUAAAUUUUAGCUGGUAGAUCAUCUUUCAUACUUGGAAUCUGUAAGGAGGAUUCUGUGGGAAGCAGUAGUAGUGUAGAGCAGUGGUUCCCGACCUCUGGGUUGCGACUUCCACGGGGUCACACACCAGAUAUCCUGCAUAUCAGAUAUGUACAUUAUGAUGCAUGACAGUAGCAAAAGUACAGUGUAAUAAAGUAGCAAUGAAAGAAUUUUUUGGUUGGGGUCACCACACAUGAGGAACUGUAUUAAAGGGCUGCAGCAUUAGGAAGGUUGAGAACCACUCCUGUAGAGUAUUAUAGACCUUGAAGUCAUGUAUUCGUGAGUUCACUGUGGUUGGUUCUUAGUAUUACUUAGACAGACAUUGUGAACCUCAGUUUCUUUUGUGAAAUACAGACACUAUUUUCUUUAUAGAAGUGCUGUUGGGCUUAAAUGAGGUUAGAGUACAUGUACAGCCUUAGGUCUGUCUUUGCCACAUGGUGUAUAAUAAGUGAUAGUUGUCGAAGAUAGUUGGGAGCAGAACUUAAAAUUUUUAGCAUGAACCCAAGUGUAGAAUGUAACCUUAAACUUUUUGAUACAUAUUUUACAUAUGAUUUGACAUUACCUUAAUAGAGUAGUUUAUUUUAUAUGCCUUUAGGCUUCUUUUGUAUCUUGUUUAUCUUUGAUUUGACUUUUGUCUUUAAUAUAGUCUGAAGAAUUGUUCUGGAUGAAUUUUGGUUAACAAGUUCUUAAAUCUUAAAAUUGAAAAAAGUGAUUUUUAAAAAAAGGAGUUGUGCCCAUGUAAAUGUGAGAUCACAAGCCUGAGCAUCUACUGUUGAUAAGAAUUCCUCGCAGGCGUGGAGGUAAAUACUAGUAAUGCCAGCACUUGAGAGGUGGAGGCCAGAGAACCAGGCCUUAAAGAUCAUCCUUGGUAAUAAAGCAAAAUUGAAGUCAGCCUGUACUAUAUGAGACCCUGUUUCAAAAAAGCAAGAGAGAAUUACUACUGUUGUAUGGUUUAAACUCCAAUUUAUUGGUACCCUGCUAGCCAACCGUUUAUUACCUAAUUUUAGGAGCAUUGUUACUUCCGUGAAAUGUCUUAGGGUUAUCACCCAGGAGAUAGAGCUUGAAUCCCUGUCAUUUCUAGACUGCACUCAUUAAAUACAGUUCAGAAUGGUAACACAAUAACGAUACUGGAAUCAAGUUUGAAGAGACGAUUUUUACAGCAGGAAUUCGAGGAUCCUUAAUACAAGGAGGCUUUCCACUUAACCAGGAUGUACUACUGUUUUUUGACAGGAUCUCACUUGUUAGCUCUGGUUGUCAUGUGCGGGCCAGACUGGCUUUGAACUCACAGAGAUCACUUGCCUCUUCCUAGUGCUGGGAUUAAAGGUGUAUACCACUACAUCUGGCUCAGAAUAUCCUACCUUGAGUAUUCCAAUGAACCUGUGUUUUCUGAGGCUGAGAGAUUUUUAAAUUCUGUUCUUAUUUUGUUUUGAACUAGUGAUUCAUCAACAGGUAUAAUAUCCACUAAAGUUACUCAGAUUAUUCUGACUGCUGAAAGAUUGUGGGACAAGACUCAUCUUACACAUAGUGUUUGAAAACUGUUAAUUACAUAAGACUGCUUAACAUGUUGACAGUUGCUUGAAGACCAGUUCUCAUGUGAUUACAAGACAUGUAAAAUACUGGUGGUGUUUUUUUUUUUUUUUUUUUUUUUUU